UCGUCAGCAGUCACAUAUAAACGCUGGUAUUGUGCUACUGAACGCAUUUCAAGAGAAACAAUUUCGGACCUCGCGGCAAGUUUCAACAGACCAAAGAAUGAUCAUCGUGUUAGUGAUGAGUGACACGAGUGAUGGAAGAAGAAGUGUGUUACAGCUGUGUCGGGACAAGGAGAACGGAAAUGGCAGUAGCGAUGGCGAAGCAAGCUCCUCCAGUGCUGAGCAGUCUUGUGAUGAAGGUCCCUCUUCGCCCAGCCAGGAAAAAGUGGCUCUCUCUGAGGUGAUUAAAAAGGUCACCGACAUUUUCAGUGACGGGAGGUCCACUUCCAAGCCAGCAAGUAUGACCACCAGCGACGCCAGCCGCGAUGGAAGAGAAGGAUGGCUGAAGUACAAGCAGAUAUUAACAGAGAAAGGAAAGAAAAUGUGCUGCAGCAUGCGACCAUGGAAGCGAGUCUUCACUGUGCUUCGCUCCCAGUCACUCUUCUUCUACAAGAACAAGUGCAAGGUGGACGGAGGUUCAGAGCCAGAUGUUCUCUCUCCGAUCAACAUCGGCGACUGCCUCGUUGAUGUGGCCUACGGCGAGAGCCGUCACCAGCACACGCUGAGGCUGGUCACCCAGAAUUUCUGCGAGUACCUUCUGGAAGCUGAGAGCUGUGGCGACAUGCUGGCCUGGAUCAAGGUCAUCAGGGAGAGAAGCGUCAACGGUAAAGAGGAGAUUAGUUCUUCAGGACGAGCGCUUAUCAACAAGAAGAUGAACGACUACAGGAAACAAAGGCUCAUUUAUGGAACACCGAAGAGCUCGCCCAAACUUCACUGCAUGUCUUUCCUGCUGGCCAAAGCUGGACACACCUCAGUGAAACGCUCGUCCCGACAGGAUGACGCCAAGAGUCCGAGCAGCGCAAACAUGACGACAAAGAGAAAGAAGACUCCUCAAGUUAUGGGUGUGCGACUGGAGGACUGCCUGCCUGCGCUCAACCAUAAGUUUGUCCCUCUGGUGGUGGAGAUGUGCUGCGGUGUGAUAGAAGCCACUGGUUUGGAGUGCACAGGGAUCUACCGCAUACCUGGCAACAGUGCCAUGAUAGCCAACCUACUGGAGCACCUCAACAUGGGGCUGGACAUCAACACAGCUGAGGAGAGAUGGCGCGACCAGAACGUGGUCAGCAGCUUGCUCAAGGCUUUCUUCAGGAACCUGCCCGAGCCUCUGCUGACUGAUGAUAGGUACAUGGACUUCAUCAACACCAAUCAUGUCAGGAACACUGAUGCCCGGCUGAAGGCCUUGAAGAAGCUGAUCCGGGACCUUCCGGACCACCACUAUCACACCCUGAAGUUCCUGCUGGACCACCUGAAGCGUGUGGCGGAGAACUCUGAGAAUAACAAGAUGGACUCUAGGAACCUGGCGCUGGUGUUCGGCCCGACUCUUGUGAGAUCGUCGGUGAACAACAUGGCUGACAUGGUCACUCAAAUGCCUGACCAGUACAUGAUAGUGGAGACCAUGAUCCUGCACUACGACUGGAUGUUCAGUGACGCAGCGCUGGAAGACGAAGUGGAGGCCCUGGAGGAAAGUCUUAACUUGCCUGUCGUCCCCAACAUCAUCUACCUGCUGUCCAACAUCGGCAAGCCGGGAAUACAAGACGCUUCAGAUUCCCUCAGUAACUCACUGAGGAGCGGAACCUUGCGUCACUGAGGGGCCUCAGAACGUCCUCCUCAUGUGGUUCAUCAUAUCCAGCAACAGGAGGCUGUGACUGCAAGUUUGAAAUAAGUUCCAAUUACUAAAAGAAAAAAAGUGUUGGCCGUGGUAGGAUGUAAGAGUUGUUCAGCUCAUAUCUGCCUGAUGUGUGAAGACAGAAGUGGACUCCAGAAUCAGGUGGGCCCUGUCCCACACAGACCCGCCUGCAUUUCUAUUGGCUUGUUUGGCAGAACCACAUUUUUAUUUCAUGGCAUUUUACUCUGCUCCUGUCUCUUGUUUCUUUACUUAUUAAUUCAACUCUAAAUUAAAGUCUCCCACUGGGA